GUGGCGGGGCAAUCGCAAAAUCCAAAAUGUCGGGGAUUCAUUUCAAGUUCCCUGCCCGGAAGGAUAGUGAAAAAGUUAUGGGUGAAGGAGAUGCAAAGAAGGGCAAAGACGAAGGUCCUGUAGAGCUAGAAAGCCAGUUCAUUCUGCGCUUGCCAGCACCAGUUGCGGCUCACCUGCGAGCUGCGGUAAGGUCGGGCGUUAUGAACCUCAAAGACCGCCUCACAAUCCAACUAGAACCUGAUAACAGACACGGCACAGUGAGGUUUGACAAAUGGGCACUGUCAGCACGAGUGGUAGAUCUACCAUCAAUCAUAGAGUCGCAUAAAACAUUAGACAAGAAGACGUUUUAUAAAACCGCUGACAUUUCCCAAAUGAUGAUAUGCAAGGAAGAGGAUGACCUGCCCAAGACUGACGAUGAAGAAUCGCCAAAAAAGAAAGACAAGAAGGAUAACAAGGACAAAAAGUACCAGCAUCCACAUGGCAUAACGCCUUCACUAAAGAACGUGAGGAAGCGUCGAUUCAGAAAAACGCUGAAGAAAAAGUACGUCGAUUUCCCGGAGAUUGAAAAAGAGGUUAAGCGUCUAUUUCGCAUGGACAACGAAGCAAUUGGCAUUCGCUACGAAGUGGUUAAUGCCGAAGAUGAAAAGAACGAUGGGAAAAACGGCCAGGGCGUAGAACCUCAAGUGAGUGGAAGCUUCGGAUCACCAUCCGUCAGUGCCCUUCUAAACAGCAACUCUCAGAGCAUGGACGUCGGCGAGCACGACUUGUUUGGUGAAGCACUGAGCAGCUCGGACGAGGACGAUGUGAUAGUCGAUUCUGCUGGUGACGACGACUUAUCAAACAAGGGAAACCCAUCGAGAAAGCAGGACAGCUUAAAGUCCGAUAUAGUCACUGAAUUCCAGAAAGGAAUGCUGGCAACCUCGAGCAAGAUGGCCACAACCAGUGCGGCAACGGCAGCUGCAACAAAUUCCCUAGUCGAACAGUAUGCUGACGAUCCCAACUUUGGAGGACCAGUCGAAGAAGAUCCGGAACCUACGAAAGUUCUUGAAGACAGUUUUAUGAGGAAAGACUUGGACGAAGAAAUGGAUGAACCCGAGCAAGACAACACUGCGUUACUGGACCGCCUGUCUCAGUUAGAGCGUGAGAUAAUGCAGCUGCAGGACAGGAGGCAAGCGCAGGAGUUGGAAGUCGCAUCCCUAGAGAAUCAAGCUCUCAAGCAAAGGUUCCAGAAUAUCAUAAAUGCUCUGAAGAUGGAGCAGAAUGAGAAACAAAGGGAGUAUGAUGAAAUAGUUUCGUUGUUACACCAGUAAUGUGGUGCUCCGUAUGGUGCUGUAGACAUGUUACUUAACUGCUAUGGACAAUUGCUUCUUUGUAAAUAUGUACAGUAUUUAAUAAAUGAGUAUGAAACCAUUGUUACACCA